AUGAGCGGGUCAACACGGUCAGACUUUGAGCGGGAGCGGGACAGACUGGUCGCUGAGAUUGCAGAAAACCUGGGCAAGUGUGUCACGGCUGUGAACCAGCUGAACCGCAAUAUCGAGAACGUGACGCAAGUAGGCGGAGGAUUUGAUGCCGUCCACCACUUGUGGACGUCGUUCCAGCAAGUCAUGGCGAACGGAUCGUACGCAGAAGCGGAACAACGACCAGAGCCCAUCCUCGGCCGAUCAAACGAUGAGACGAUCAAGCUGCCGGCAGGUUUGGCGCCAGGAGGAGGAGAGAGCCUCUACCAGUCAGUCGGGCCGGAGGCUAGCGCUGGCGACGGCAAGUAG